AAUGUUGUUUUUGUUAUAACAUAAUAUUACAAAAAAAGAAGAACUCCAGUUUUAAUUUCAUUUUUGAAAGUGAUAAUUUUAUGCAGAUACAUUCAGUUCUAGCAAGCAAUAGUAUAGAAAGGAAACUCUUUUAGCGAUUUGCUGCCAGACUGCAAGAUGCCUACUGCGCAGCAGACGCCUCAGCAGCAGCAGCAGCAGCAACUGACCAACGAGGAGAGCAAUGGCGUCAAUGAACCAAAAGUUGAGGACGAUAAUAUGCCAAAUUUGUCAACACUAUCGCUAGAUGAACUGAAGCAGCUUGAUCGAGAUCCCGAGUUCUUUGAUGAUUUUAUUGAGGAAAUGUCUGUGGUGCAGCAUUUGAAUGAGGAGCUGGAUUCCAUGAUGAAUCAAGUAGAGAACAUAUCGCGUGAAAACGAAAGCAAGGGCACACAUCUAGUUGAACUAAAGCGACGGCUCAGCGACGACUACACGGCGCUUAAAACGCUCGGUGAAAAAUGUGAUCUAUUGAACAAGAAAUACUUGAAGAAAUCGGAGGAAUAUGCACCACAGCACAUUCGAGAACUUUUGCAAAUAGCCGCCUCAAAUGCGGAUGCCGACUGUGAUCGUCAUGUGGAGCAUUUCCUGAAUGGUAAAAUCGAUGUGCAGACCUUUCUCAAUACGUAUCAGAGCUCAAAGAAGAUAAGCGCUGAGCGAAAAGCCAAGGAAGAACGGCUAGGCACCCAGCUAACCGCAUUGGAACGUGCAGGCAUAUAGGUAGAUGAUGAUGCACCUGCUAUUGCACAUCUACUUAAGCCCAACUCGUUAUUGUGUUUUACUGUUUUGUUCAUUACAAAGCCGCAAUAUAUAGAGAUUAAGCAAAUAGCAACGUAUUGUAGAACUUGCUCGCUCGAGAAAAGUGUAAAAUCUAGUUAUAUUUAUAUAUAUAUAUGCAUCAUUAUUGAUAGCAGUUAAGUCGAUAGGGCAAUCAAAUUAUGGUUCUUAGUUAUAUUUUACUAUGGAAUUUGUGUAAUAAUUAACUUUGUAUUGUAAUUGUCGCUUGUGGUGCGACUGUCCAAAUAAUUUAUUACCCAACAGAAUGUAUGUGCAUGUACUAAGGAAUUAUAAAAGUGUAUGACCGAAAUAUAUUUACAAAGAUUUACGUUAAUGCGUCCGUGCAAAUUA